AUGUCUGAAAACUUGUACUCUGCCGUUUAUUCGGGAGUGCCUGUGUAUGAAUUUCUCAAUCCCAAGUCGUCUGUCAUGCGACGAAAAAUAGACGGCUGGAUCAAUGCGACGCACAUCCUCAAGGUGGCCAAUUUCCCUAAGGCGAAACGAACUAGAAUCUUGGAACGAGACGUCCAGGUGGGAGUUCAUGAAAAGGUCCAAGGUGGGUACGGUAAAUACCAAGGAACAUGGGUGCCAAUGGACCGAGCUAUAGAUAUCGCCAACGAGUUUGGAGUUUACGACGAGCUCAAGCCAAUUUUCGAUUACAAGGCCUCGGACGGAGCCGCCACUCCUCCUCCAGCUCCAAAACACCACCAUGCUACAAGCGGGGCGGGCAAGAGAGGCCGCGCUAGCGCGAGAACGGCACCCGAGCCUUUGGCUGCCCGCACAGACGAGACGCCGGUGACAAGAAACGGCAACAAGGCCGCCUCGGUGAAAAGUCUGGCCGGCCCCACAGAGCCAGCAACUAAAAAACGUACAUUGAGACCACCAAGAGCGCAACUAAUACGAGAAAUCCCGCCUCCUCAGCCCACCGACUCGGACUCGGAGUACGAAGAUAGCGACACCAAACCGCGCGUCCAAACAACCAACGGAAUGGGCAUCCACGAAGCCUCUUCUCCGUCGGACUUUAUGAGCGACGACGAUAUCAGCAACGCUUUGCACCAACAGUACAUCAACCAGCGGUCUCAUGACCAUAUCUCCCAUAGAUCACAGCAGUAUAUGGGAAACUUCUCGCCGUACCACAAGAACGAGCUGGACUCUCCACAUUCGAGACCUCCGUCGUUUGGUAGCCAGCCAAUCUCGCACAGAAACCAAGAAUGGUUUGAUUCCAAAAAAAGCUACACUCAAAAGCUUUUAGAGUACUUUCUGUCUACUGAAGAUAAUCUGACCGGAGAUGUUGAGAUCCCAGAUUUCAUCUUGGACCCCAACAGCGACUUUGACUCCAACCAGGUCAUUGACAGAGACGGCAACACCACUUUCCAUUGGGCUUGUGCCAUGGGGGACUUGCGCAUGUGCGACGCUUUACUAAGUCGCGGUUGCAACUAUAGAGCUCUCAACAACGAGGGACAGGUCCCAAUCAUGAGAAGUGUUUUGUACACCAACUCGUACUCGAGACGCACUUUUGCCAAGUUGCUAGAUCUCCUGAGAGACUCUCUGCUGGAUACAGACGAGCGCGGGCGCACCAUUUUGCACCACAUUGGGUUUUCGACCAACUCUGUCAAUAACCUGCCUUCGGCGAGGUACUACACCGAGAUCUUGUUGACCAAGAUUGCCGAGACAGUGCAGCCAAUGGAGAGAAUUAUCAACUUUAUCAACCAGCAGGACAUGGAUGGUAACACCGCUCUUCAUAUCAUGAGCCACAACACUGCAAACAAGUGUAUUCGUGUUCUUUUGGGCUACAAUGCCAGGGUCGACAUACCGAACAACCGCAACGAGUACGUGAGCGACUAUCUUUACAACAAUAGUGUUUUCGAGCCUGUUUCUGCUCAAUAUUCGUUUAUGGGCAGCACCGGGGCGACAGCUUCUCAAAGGAACCAUGCCGACUCGUUCACACAGAUGAAACCGUUUGUUCCGUCGCUUAACUUCCACAAUGCGUCGAUCUUGCAGUCGCAGUUGAACGCGUCCAACUAUCUUGCUCUGCCUCAUUAUUCGGAAACCGCUAUGCAAGUGAGCCACAAGUCGGGAGACUUUAUAGAGAAGCUGGGAGAAUUGUCGAAUGCGUUUGACCAGGAACUGCAACAACGCGACAGCGACAUCAAAGAGCUCGGCAUGAUCCUCAGCCAGAUGGACACAGACAUAGCCAAGACAGAAAGCGAUAUCAAGGAUAUAUUGAAGACUGUUUUGAAGCUCGAGAAGGAGGAAACGGGCGAUUAUGAGGCCGCUCUUGCACAGAUGAAGGACGAGUUGAAACUCGCCGAGGAAGAGUAUGUGUCCAAGAUUCAGACUCUGAAAAAAAUGAUUGAGAGAUCUCAAGCUAAAGAUCUUGCUACCGAUGUUCAACAAUGCGAAACAGAAAGAUUAAAACAGACCAAGAUCGACAACGAGGGCGAUCUCAAGCCUGCAGAACCGACCGUCGAGAAUCUUAAACUGGUUCUUUCUAUGAUUGCUCUACAAAUGACCAGAAAACGUACUGUUGACGAACUUGUCAACCUGUAUGCUGAUGCCUCAGAAAACACAGAAACCAUAUCGAAAUACCGUCGGUUGGUUUCCAAACUGUCGAGCGUGCCGAUCGUCGAAGUCGACGAAAGCUUGAACGACAUUGAAGAGUGUUUAAAAGCAGAGGAAUGA